UGUUUACUCUCCUUUAAACAUGGCUGCUGUCAAGGUCUUUGGAGUGUGUACAAGAAAUUCUGUCUUACAGAUCAAAGCUUUAUAUUCUGUACCAACAAAUGAGCUGUCUAAGAAGUUCAGUACGUCCAGAACUCAUUACAAAGCCAAGUUUUUUGACUCUGCCGAGGAAGCUGUACAGGACAUCAAGGAUGACAGUAAACUUCUGGUGGGAGGAUUUGGUCUGUGUGGAAUCCCAGAGAACCUGAUUGCAGCCUUACUACAGACAAAGGUCAAAGGUCUGACAGUGGUCAGUAAUAAUGCCGGAGUGGACAACUUUGGUUUGGGCCUCCUACUUCGACAGAGACAGAUUAAAAGGAUGAUUUCGUCUUAUGUGGGUGAGAAUGCAGAGUUUGAGAGACAAUAUCUCGAGGGAGAACUUGAAGUGGAACUCACCCCCCAGGGGACUUUGGCAGAGAGAAUUCGGGCUGGUGGAGCUGGUAUCCCAGCAUUCUUCACUCCUACAGGGUAUGGAACACUAAUCCAGGAGGGCGGGGCACCAGUCAAAUACAAUACAGAUAAAACAGUGGAAAUAAUCAGCGAUCCAAGGGAGGUAAGAGAAUUCAGUGGAUUUAAGUACAUCAUGGAGGAAGCCAUCACAGGUGACUUUGCCCUGAUCAAGGCACACAAGGCAGACAAAGUGGGAAACCUCACCUUCAGAAAGACAGCUCGUAACUUUAAUCCCCCGAUGUGUAAGGCUGGGCGGAUCACAAUUGCAGAAGUGGAGGAGAUCGUGGAAGUCGGAGAAAUUCCACCAGAGGACGUCCACGUUCCACAUGUGUACGUACAGAGAGUCAUCAAAGGACCCAGCUACGAAAAAAGGAUAGAGAGACUGACAACACGGACGGAAGGCAACGAGGAACCAGAGACUAAUGACAAGGCUGCAGAAAUGAGGAACAGAAUCAUAAAGCGGGCAGCACUGGAGUUCCAUGAUGGAAUAUAUGCCAAUCUGGGUAUUGGAAUGCCAAUGUUGGCCAGUAAUUAUAUCCCGCCAGGAAUGACCGUCCAUCUACAGAGUGAAAAUGGAAUCAUGGGAUUGGGUCCGUACCCAUUACCUAGUGAGGUUGACCCAGAUCUGAUCAACGCAGGUAAACAGACCGUCACCAACAUCCCAGGGAGCUCUUUUUUCUCCAGUGACGACUCCUUCGCUAUGAUUAGAGGAGGACACAUAAACCUGACCAUACUUGGGGCAUUACAAGUUUCUCGUUAUGGAGAUCUGGCCAACUGGAUGAUUCCGGGCCGGUUGGUUAAGGGAAUGGGCGGAGCUAUGGAUCUGGUGUCCAGUCACAAAACUAAGGUUAUUGUAACCAUGGAGCACCAGGACAAGAAAGGAAACAGUAAGAUAGUUAUCAGCUGUGAUCUGCCACUGACGGGUAAAAACUGUGUGGAUAUGAUCAUCACAGACAAGUGUGUGUUUGACGUGGACAUGGAGAAGGGACUGAUUUUAACGGAGAUUGCAGAAAACGAAGAUGUAGCCAGCAUUGUUGGUGCCACCAACUGUGAAUUUGUGGUUGCCCCCGAUGUUAAAGUAAUGGGACAGAUUCAGACAUAGAUUAUGGGGAGAUAACUCACUGCUGGUCUUGUCAAUGCCUGCGUCUGACUUCUAUGUGAUGUGUAGACUUAUAAUGUGUGUCUGACUUCUAUGUGAUGUGUAGACUUAUAAUAUGUGUUUGACUUCUAUGUGAUGUGUAGACUUAUAAUGUGUGUCUGACUUCUAUGUGAUGUGUAGACUUAUAAUGUGUGUCUGACUUCUAUGUGAUGUGUAGACUUAUAAUGUGUGUUUGACUUCUAUGUGAUGUGUAGACUUAUGAUGUGUGUGUGUCUGACUUCUAUGUGAUGUGUAGACUUAUGAUGUGUGUGUUUGACUUCUAUGUGAUGUGUAGACUUAUGAUGUGUGUGUUUGACUUCUAUGUGAUGUGUAGACUUAUAAUGUGUGUGUCUGACUUCUAUGUGAUGUGUAGACAUAUAAACAUAUUGUCAUGAUGAGAGGGAUAGACCUAAACACUGGUGUAUAGGUCAAAACACUCAAGUCUUUGUGAUCUGAGCCUAAUCUCUUAUGGAAUAAUUGUGAGAGAAUAUGUUCCUUUAUGACAUUGUAUUGUGGGGAUAAACCCAGAUCAUCCACUUGUCAAAAGUUAUGUUCCACAUAAGAAGACUAAAUAUUACUUUGUGGAGCAUUAUUUUAUGUACAGUCUAUAUUAAUGCAUAAUUAAUAAUUUUAUGACUUUUCCAUGCUUUUCGCAAAAAAAAAAAUCUAAUUGAACAACCUUAAGAACAUUGUUAUAUUUGUCAUUUGAUGAAGGAUAUAAAUCAUAUCAUAUAUAAGAAACAUAAUCUGUACCAAUUAAAAAAGAAUUUAAAGAUAAUUUUAAAUUUUUCAUAUAAAUUAAAUAUCAACACUAUUUUAAAAUAAUUUAGAUUGCCAAAUAAUUAUAGAACUAUCCAGAUUUCUGUAGAGUUUUUAUUGAAGCAGAUCAUGUACUUUACAUAUAGAGUCUUGGUUGCCUCUCUGACACAUUACCUUUUUCCCAAAAAAAUAACAGAGUCCUUAGGCCUUAUAUUAAGCAUAUUGAUACAUGAGGUAGGGGAUAUUGAAAUUUUCUUUUUAUAUCAAGGUUUGAGAUGUGUACAACUAACACAUAUGCAACUGACUAUUUAUAUCUGAGGGCAUUUAAAUCAUGUACCCAAUGUUUCUAUUGAUGAUGUUUGUAUGAAUUCUGAAAUAUUUGUUUUGUUUCAGAAUAAAAGUGAUGUUUUUGUA